AAGAAGAAGAACAGUGGCGUGGAGUGCUUUGCGAUAUGUAUCGAUUGAUCUGUCAUCUAAACCUAUAGAAAAGAAUCGAUAGACAGGGUGUUAGCAACGAAAACCUCAACAAUCGAUUCCUUACCGCACAGCUUCAGAUGGGAACAUACUGAUAAUCGAUCUUUGGCGCUUUGCCACUGAAGCAGGAGAAGAAGCAUGCAUUUAAGUUAUGUAUUUACGGAAUUUAGUGAUUGAUAUUCAAACUUCUCAGCGGAGGAGAAUAUAAAAUUGGACGACCUCUGCUUCGAGUAUUAUAAGGAUCCUUCGAUGGAUUCAAUUACGAGCCCACAGACGCCUGAUUCCCUAAAAAUGAACUUCAUUCUCGCUGAAAUUGCAGUUCAUUGCCGAAAGACAAGUAUACUUAAGGGCACUUUAAAGGUCCAAGUUGGAACAGAUUCGCUAAUUUCAAUGACCUCUUUGAAAAAUGAGGAUUUAAGAGUACCGAAUUGGUGUGUUUUCGUUCUCACAGAUUCAAUUACGAGCCCACAGACGCCUGAUUCCCUAAAAAUGAACUUCCUUCUUGCUGAAAUUGCAGUUCAUUCCGGGUUCAGAAUCCGAACCAUCCCGGCAGGUCCCGACCAGGGAGGUCCGGACGGGAGUGUUGCAUGUGCGGAGUUGGACACACUGGCCCUGACCGUGGAUACCACACAAGUGUACGCGAGGUGUCGCCGGUGUCACAUGACUUGUACUCCUGUCCUGUUCGCUGUUCUCUCUCCCCGCGCGGUCCUCCGUCUCGGCCAGGGUGUCACAGAGGUGCGUGUGAACGUCGCCCUCAGAGACCGCGGCACCGGGAUCCCUUCAAAAUGCAUAGAUUUUACUGUUAAGUUCAAUCGUCACGAAUAACGAACCGCGGACUUGGAGGAGAAUAUCGACGGUGAAACUACCAAACCGCGUUUCUCGUUUGCGGUGUUUAAAAAUCUACGCUCACAUUUUAUUUUUUUGAAGUAGACCAAAUCAAUAUCAUUUCUU